AACACAGGAAGAAUAAUCAAAUAUUAAAUAUUUCAAAAGUUUCAACAUUUCUCAAAUAUGAAAAUCUCUAGAAUGUUAAACACUGAAACUUUAACAAUGGAAAAAAAGCUUCAAAUAAAGAAAGUUCGAUUUUUUAGUCUAUGUUAGCCCCUGCUAUCUAGGGUACCCAUGAGUUCCCUCAAAAAAUGGCAGAAAAUUUGGUUCAGCCGUUUGAAAGAUAGCUAACGAGCGAAGAUCUUCAUUAUUUAUAGAUCAUCUAACAUUUCUAGAACAUCAAACAUUUUUAAAGUAUCAAACAUUUCUAGAAUAUCAAACAUUUCUAUAGAAUAUCAAGCAUUCCUAGAAUAUUAAACAUUUCUAGAAUAUCAAAUAUUUUUUUAUUUGUUGAAACAUACAAAUUAUCUUAUAUCAGUUAAUGUUUUCACUUUUUAUAUUUUUCGAGAAUAUUACGAUUAUUUAAUACCUCCCCCCCCUCCCCCCUUCAACCCACUCCUUUCGCAAAAAUAUCAGAGUCAAAUUGUAUUUUAUAAAGCAGUGAUAUUUGAUUCUCAAGAUUCACAGUUCUAACUUCACACAGUGCUCACAUCAAUAAUACUAAAAUGAAAACCAAUAAAAUAUCUAAAGUUAAAUAAAAAGAAUCGCGUAAAGCUAAUCAAAACAAGAAACUUUUUGAUAUUUUGAUCUCUCUUUUGAAAUCCGUUCAAAACAGUAUAACCUGACAUUAUUUACUUAAAUAUUUAAAAAAGUAUAAAAAAGAUAAAACUAAAAAUCAACAUUUAAUAAUUAAAAAGUGGUUAUUUUAACCAGUACCUCUAGUCUACCGUGGAAGAGAUGCAAAAAGACAGUUUUAUGACAAAUUUUUAAAAUUCGUUUAAGAAUAUCUUUAUAUUUCCAAACAUGAGUAAUUCAUUAGUGUGGCUCAGCCCACGUUUUCAAUAAUGAAUAAUAUUCAUAAAACAGGACAGCAAUCUAUAUAUAAAUUUAGCUUGUCUGUUUGUUUAUAACGGAUAAACGUCGAAAUGGCUGAAUCGAUCGGGCCAAAUUUUUUUUGUGGAACCUCACAUGAUCCUGUAGGGAAGGUUUAGGAAUGGUAACAAUUGAAAAAUGAGCUUGUAAAAAAUUGUAUUUUUUAAGAAUCAACGAAAAAAAUGAUAAAAGAGCAACAAUUAAAAGUUAAAAUCAAAGAUGGGCUUGAAAGCCUAGUAAUUAUUACUUCUUUAGAUUAAAUUAUAUAACUCAUUUUUUCAUGUAGCAUACCCCGCCGGCUUUACGGUCAACAUACCCUGCCGGCUUUACGGUCAACAUACCCCGCCGGCUUUACGGUAAACAUACCCCGCCGGAUUUACGGUCAACAUACCCCGCCGGCUUUACGGUCAUACUUUUCUUUCAGAAUCGAACUAGAAUUUAAAUCUAAUUUUGCACAACAAUAAAAACUAUUUUUCCUCUGAAGUUAAAGAAAAUUUAUUACAUCAAAGAUGCCAAAGAAAAGAAUUCCCUUUCAUCCCAAAUCCAAUUCCAGAGGCCUCAGCAACACAAGAACUAAGCCUUAUGUUUCCUGGAUGUUGGCUUGUAGCACAAAUUCAACACAGGAAAUCAAAUUUCGUUUAGAAACCGAACCAGAUCUUGCUGUAUUACAGGAUGAACUGACGGGACAAUCUUGUAUCCAUUGGAUGGUUAAACAUAACAAUAAGGAAAUUGUUGACUUUUUAAUAAAAGGUUUGAAAGUAAGUCCAAAUAUUGUAAACAGAAGUGGCCAGACCCCACUACAUAUUGCUGCACUUUACGACAGGCGUGAGUUGUACCAAAUACUUAUCUAUAAACACCAAGCGGACAUAACGAUAAGAGAUAAUUCUGGUAGACUAGCUAGUAACUAUAUAGACCAAGGAAUACAAGAUCUGACCGGCCCUGGUAUUCUCACCUAUGGAUCAGAUUCUAGAGGAAUAAAACUCAGUUGGCGGCUACUUGCUCAGGAUAUACAGGAUGUACAAGGUCGACAGCUGACGACAUUCAACAAUCCUGGACAGAAAGUGGACAGGCGGCGGAGUGAAGAUCUUGGUUCUGGUUCAUGUACUGUACUGCAGAAUAAACGGCGAGGAAGCAUAGGACGCAUGCUGGAUCUUUAAUCAAUAAUAUAUAUGUUCUGGUUUAUGUACUGUAAUGCAGAAGUACUCUCCAUCAUAUUACUAUGGACGGAUAAAAACAAAAAUAAGCUUCGUUGUUGAAAAAUUUAACCUUACAAUGAUUAACAUAAUAUUUAAUAAUAAUAAAAUUUGGGUUUUUAUCACUGA